UAAUUGAUAUUGUAGUAAUAGCUUGUAUGUGUGUUGUGUAGAAGCAGAAAACGGACGAUUUAAAUUUUAAGUUCUUGUUUAUGCAGCACUACAACUGCGCGUCAACUGCAAUUAAGGAAAAAGCGAUUGGCAUUUAAAAUAAAUUUGUAGAGCGUGCCGAAGCAUAAACAUGGCCGAAGUGCGACGCAGAAAGGCAGAAAACGAUGUUGACGAGGCUGCUGCGGCUCUGACUGCCGCAAACAGCGCAGCUGAUUCUUCAGAUCAUGUCGAUUCAGAGGAAGAAAAAAUCCCAGAGGAGAAGUUCGUUGAGGAGCUGGCCAAAAAUUUGCCCCAAGGCACGGACAAAACGCCCGAAAUCUUGGACUCUGCUCUUAAGGAUUUACCCGAUCGUUGGAAGAACUGGGUCAUCCGGGGCAUAUUCACAUGGAUUAUGAUUUGCGGAUUUGCAUUAAUCAUCUAUGGCGGCCCCCUGGCCUUGAUGAUUACGACGCUGCUCGUGCAGGUGAAGUGCUUUCAGGAGAUUAUCUCAAUUGGCUAUCAAGUGUAUCGCAUACAUGGCCUGCCCUGGUUUCGCAGUCUCUCCUGGUAUUUCUUGCUUACGUCCAACUAUUUCUUCUAUGGCGAGCAUCUAGUUGACUACUUCGGUGUGGUCAUCAAUCGUGUGGAAUACCUGAAGUUCUUAGUCACCUAUCAUCGCUUCCUAUCGUUUGCCUUGUACAUCGUUGGGUUCGUUUGGUUCGUGCUAUCGCUGGUCAAGAAAUAUUAUAUUAAGCAGUUCAGUCUAUUUGCCUGGACGCACGUCUCGCUGCUAAUUGUCGUCACCCAAAGUUAUCUAAUUAUACAAAACAUAUUCGAGGGACUUAUUUGGUUUAUAGUGCCCGUUUCGAUGAUUGUUUGCAAUGAUGUCAUGGCUUAUGUGUUUGGUUUCUUCUUUGGACGCACACCCCUCAUCAAGCUAAGCCCCAAGAAAACCUGGGAGGGCUUUAUCGGUGGUGGUUUUGCAACCGUUCUAUUCGGCAUAUUAUUCUCUUAUAUUUUGUGCAAUUACCAAUACUUUAUAUGCCCCAUUCAAUACUCGGAGGAACUGGGUCGCAUGACAAUGUCCUGCGUGCCCAGUUAUCUGUUUACGCCACAGGAAUACAGCUUGAAAUUGUUCGGUAUUGGCAAAUCAUUGAAUAUCUAUCCAUUCGUAUGGCACUCGAUCUCGCUGAGUCUGUUUAGCUCUAUAAUUGGACCGUUUGGCGGCUUCUUUGCUUCUGGCUUCAAGCGUGCAUUUAAAAUUAAGGACUUUGGUGACAUGAUUCCCGGCCAUGGCGGCAUUAUGGAUCGUUUCGACUGCCAGUUUUUGAUGGCCACCUUUGUCAACGUUUACAUUUCAAGUUUCAUUAGAACUCCAUCUCCGUCAAAACUAUUGACACAGAUUUAUAAUCUUAAACCGGAUCAACAAUACCAAAUUUAUCAGUCAUUAAAAGACUCGCUUGGCGACAUGCUAAACUAAAAAUAUUAGACAACAACAACUGUUUGCUUUAGUCGUACGUCUCUUUAUAUAUAUAUCUCUAUAUAUAUUCAUUAUAAAAGGAAAUCUAUAUUCAUGUAUAUAUGCACAUAUGUGUAUAUACAUUGAUAUUCUUAUUUCUGUUUAUGAACAUUCGCCAAGCGCUAAUUGGAUAAUGUAAAGGGCCCCAAAAAGUGAUUCAAUUGAAUCGAACACUAUAUGAAUAGUUUUAAUUUCUUGAGCAUAAUUUUUUUGUUAUGUUUUUAGUUAUACUUUAGAAUUUUGUUGUUAUUUACGAUUUUUUUAAGUUAUUUUAGUUACAAUUACUAUUAUGAAUAUUAUUAUGAUAAUGGCAUUAUACAGUGCAAUUGCAAUCCGAUUACCGGUGAUUUGUUAUAAAGCGAUUCCAUUAACUUUAAUCAAACUAUACUUGCGUUAUUAGAUUGACAUUUUUACAAAAUCGAAUUAAACACUGCAAAUGAAAGCCAGCGAAAGGCAACUACAACAACUGCAACUAUUAGAGCGAUCCAAUGAAAUGAAUUUAAUGUCUAUGUCUCCGUGUGUGAAUUUACAAAAUAUAUAAAUAUAUAUAUAUAGAUAUAUGUAUAUAUAUAUGUAUAUCUAGUACAUCUAUGUGUACUUUACUUACUAUUAAAAUAAUAAAGCUCUACGCCUCUACGCCGAGAGCCGAGUUUAGUCAUGCCAGAGAAGAGGCGCGCCUAGUUUAGAUUGUGAAAUGUUCUUUAGUAAAUAUUUGUAACUUAAAACAUCAUUUUUUGGAUGAGCAUUUUAGUUUGUUACUUAACAAUAUACGUACGAUCAAGUAUCUAAAGACUUUCAAUUUAUGUUAUAUUUAUUUCUAGUGCAAUAAAAACUAUAGUUGAAUA